UUUUUCUUUACAGCCCAAAACAAAACUAGUAGUGGCAACGAAGCAACAUGCUAAAACAAUGGACAGUGUGAUCACCGAUUCCAGCAACGUGCAGCGAUUGAUUUUCAACGCACACAGGAAAACAAAAGUCGGACUUUGAAGUGAUGGAGGCAGCCAGAUCUGUUCGCAUGGGACAGAGCUUGUGUGAAGUGUGGAGCGGUAUACAGAGAUCUGUUCUUGGUGCACCACCCAAACAUCACCAAACCUCAAGUGGUCAUCUGCAGGUGACAGCAGACAGAAGGACGCUGGUGGUUUCUGACACCCAAUGGGGGUGAAGCCUAUUCACCCGCACCGUCUUGUUUCUUUCCGUACGUCAGCGGUCAAACCUCAAAGCUUUUGCUCUGCAACCUUGACCACAACAAUCUCCGUCAUCAUGGCCAUGACUGACGUUCUCGCCGUUUCGGAUAUUACCUCGGCAAUCAACGCGUGUAAAGCCAAAGAUUCCUUUAAUCCAAAGAUGUUUUUCAAAGUGGUGGGUUUGUCGAAGAAAACUCCAACUGAGAUUGAGAGUGUCUUUAACAUCUUGGACCAGGAUAAAAGUGGAUUUAUAGAGCAGGAUGAGUUACAACUAUUCCUGCAGAACUUCUCCAAAGGCGCCAGGACACUAACUGCCGCUGAGACCAGGGCUUUUCUGCUUGAGGGGGACUCUGACGGUGAUGGAAAGAUUGGAUGGGAAGAAUUUUCCGCAUUGGUCAAGUCUUCAUAAGACGACAUUUCAGCUCUCCAUGGUUGAAUGUAUGGGAAGUCUUCUCAGGACGGGCUUCUUUUAAGAAUGUUAACUUGCGAUAGUAAAUAAUCAAUUGUAUGUGUGUACUGUAGAAUAUCAACGAUUCCAAGUUAAGUGUUUUAAU